AAUGACCCUCCGCGGCUUCCGUCCCAGAUGAGUGUCAGUCAGUCAAUCAGUCAGUCGGUGACGGACAUCAGAACCGGAGCACCGGAUCAUGUCUCCGUUAACGGCCUCCUGACAGCAGCUCGCGGCUCGGUUCCGGUGUCGGUGUGCGAGAUGGACGCUGGCGAGAGAAAGGAUGUGAAGCUCUCUGCUGAAGUGGAACCGUUUAUCCCUCAGAAGAAAGGUGUUGAAGCUUCAUUAUUACCCAUGAGUCUGUGCGGUGAGGGUGGAGCUGAGCCCACACAAAUCCCCUCUUACCUGAUCACCUGCUACCCCUUCGUACAGGAGAACCAGAGCAACAGUCGACAGCUGCCCAUGUAUAACGGAGGAGACCAGCGCUGGCAGCAGCUCAACCCGAGCCCGGGCGGGCCGUACCUGGCGUACCCGAUCCUGUCGUCCCCCCAGCCUCCCGUCACCAGCGAUUACGCCACGUACUACCACGCCAUCAUGCCCACGGCCUGCCCGCCUGUCAUGGGCUUCUACCAGCCCUUCCCGGGGCCGUUUGCGGGGCCCGUGCCGGCCGGCGUGUUGAACCCCGUGUCCGACUGCAGCGAGAGGCCGACACCACAGAGAGGGAGAGGCGUCCCACGAACACCUGUACUGCACAAGCAGCCGAUGGCUCAGCCAAUAAGAGCCAAGCGUCCCGUGAUGCGGAGCGUGGCGGUGCAGAAGGAGGUGUGUGCGACCGGGCCUGAUGGGAGGACCAAGACGGUGCUGUUGGUGGACGCAGCGCAGCAGACAGAUUUCCCCGGCGAGGCGUCCAGCAGCGGGGCGGUCAGGUGUGUGUCGGAUCAGGCGAGUCCUCAGCUGUGGAAUAAUAAAGCUCGACGCAGGCGCACGUCGCAGCAGGAGUCGUCCAGUGAGCAGGGAGCCAGCGAGGCCGACAUCGACAGUGACAGCGGAUACUGCAGUCCUAAACACAACCAGGGAGCCAACAACACCUCCACCCAUCAACACACACCCGCGGCGGCUGUGGACGCUGGCGUCAUGACAGCGGUCAGCUGGGGGAAUGUCUCGUCGCAGGCCGUCCAGAAGCCGUGGACUGACAGGAACACACCGUUCUUCAGAGGCAGCAGAACACCUGAGAGGAGCUACACACAGGACUUCCAGAUGAGCUUCGGGUGUCGUGCAGCAGGACAGAGGAGAUCCACCCCUCCAGAGACCCCCAACACACACCUCACACCUGAGCCACUGUACUUUCAGGAUGAGGAUGAGUUUCCUGAUCUGGCCACAGGCGGCGCUGCUCAUCGGAAUAAACCGGAUCCAGUUCAACCCAAACUUCACAAGAACCUGCUGGAUAACCUUCCGGAGAAUUCCCCCAUCAGCAUCGUGCAGACGCCCAUCCCGAUCACCAGCUCCGUUCCCAAGAGAGCCAAGAGUCAGAGGAAGAAAGCACUAGCGGCCGCUCUCGCCACAGCGCAGGAAUACUCCGAGAUUAGCAUGGAGCAGAAGAAACUACAGGAGGCUCUGUCUAAAGCAGCCGGUAAGAAGAGCAGGACGCCGGUACAGUUGGAUCUGGGCGACAUGUUAGCGGCGCUAGAGAAACAACAACAGGCCAUGAGAGCGCGGCAACUCAACAACACCAAACCACUCUCAUACACAGGUACGACACUCUAA